UAAAAACGAGGGCACCAAAAGUUCUGUGCGUGCUUGUUUGACCACAAAAUUCUCAGGCAUUUGCACCUUCUCGCAGUCUGUCUGAGCUCAGAUGUCACUGGCAGCAUAGCACCGCAUUUUUGGUCUUUCUUCUAUUUCUUAAAGAGAGAGAGAGAGAGAGAAAUUAAUAUUCUAAUAUGGAAGAUCAACAAGUUAGAUAUCUUUUUCUUAAUUAAUCACACUCUGCACCCAUUUACGAAGCCCCCAGAAGAGAGGUUCGAACCGACGAUGCCUCGAGCCAUCUCCGUUCUGCUCCAGCCCAGAUCCCUCCUCCUCUUCACCGUCGUCGGAAUUUUCCUUAUUUUCGUUUUCACUUCCACCCAGAAAAAGGAGGAAGAGAAAGUAGAAGAAGUACCUGAAAUAACCCAUAGAGUAUACCUGGAUAUUGAUAUUGAGGAACAGCGCUUAGGUAGAAUUGUGAUUGGAUUAUACGGUCAGGUUGUACCAAAAACUGUUGAAAAUUUCAGGGCAUUGUGCACAGGAGAAAAAGGUAAAGGUGUUAAGGGAAAAAAACUCCACUAUAAGGGAACGCCAUUUCAUCGUAUCGUAUCUGGGUUCAUGAUUCAAGGCGGAGAUAUCAUUCAUGGUGAUGGGAAGGGAUAUGAAUCGAUAUAUGGUGGCACCUUUGCUGAUGAGAAUUUCAAAGUGAAACAUUCACAUGCAGGUACUGUUUCUAUGGUGAAUACAGGACCUGAUUCCAAUGGGUCACAGUUCUUUAUCACCACAAUCAAGGCUAGUUGGUUGGAUGGGGAGCAUGUCGUCUUCGGCAAGGUUAUACAGGGCAUGGACAUGGUGUAUGCAAUUGAAGGAGGGGCUGGAACCUACAGUGGAAAGCCCAGAAAGAAGGUUGUUAUUGCUGACUCAGGAGAAAUACCCAAGGACAAGUGGGAUGAGGAAAGAUGACACUUCUUACCGAAGGUUUUGAAGUUGAGUUGAGUUUAUUAGAUUGAUUCUUAGAUGACUGAUACUCAUUUCUUCCCUUUCACCAAGUUACCUCAGCUUGGGCUUAUCAAUGGAAAUAUUAGUCUCUCUUUUGUAACCGGCAACAGUUGGUAAUACAAACACGUUUUCUGUAGAGAAACAUGGUAGAAAUCAUCUCCUCUUUUUUUAGUUCUUCUCCAUCUUUUCGGGCAUGUAUAUUCGACUUUCAGUCUGAGUACAAAUCAGUUGCUGUAGCCAUAUUGACAACCUGUUUUCUUGUUGCGACA